CCGCCCACGCACCGUCGGGACCGCGAGCCUGCUCUCCCCGCACCUCCUCACGUCCCACGGGCAGGGUGCUGUAUGAGAACGUAAAAGGAAGAGAAAUUUAUUUUCUGUAGACUGAGCCGUCGAUAAGGAGUGCCUGUGAAGAAAACGGGGUAUUUCCCUGAGGCCUGUAUCCUACCUUGAUUGUCUUGUCUUGAAGUACUAUAAAUCAGGAUGUCUGCACAGUCAGUGGAAGAGGAUUCAAUACUUAUCAUCCCAACUCCAGAUGAAGAGGAAAAAAUUCUGAGAGUGAAGUUGGAGGAGGAUCCUGAUGGCGAAGAGGGGUCAAGUAUCCCCUGGAACCAUCUCCCUGACCCGGAGGUUUUCCGGCAGCGAUUCAGGCAGUUUGGAUACCAGGAUUCACCUGGGCCCCGUGAAGCUGUGAGCCAGCUUCGGGAACUUUGCCGUCUAUGGCUCAGGCCAGAGACCCACACAAAAGAACAAAUCUUGGAGCUGGUAGUACUGGAGCAGUUUGUUGCCAUCCUACCCAAGGAGCUACAGACUUGGGUUCGAGAGCAUCAUCCAGAGAAUGGGGAGGAGGCAGUGACAGUGCUGGAGGAUUUAGAGAGUGAACUGGAUGACCCUGGACAGCCGGUUUCUCUUCGACGACGAAAACGGGAAGUGUUAGUAGAGGAGAUGGUAUCUCAAGAAGAAGCUCAGGGAUUACCAAGUUCUGAGCUGGAUGCCGUGGAAAACCAGCUCAAGUGGGCAUCCUGGGAGCUCCAUUCCCUAAGGCACUGUGAUGAUGAUGCUAGGACUGAAAAUGGAGCGCUAGCUCCAAAGCAGGAGAUUCCUUCAGCAGUAGAAUCUCAUGAAGUUCCUGGCACUCUCAAUAUAGGUGUUCCUCAGAUUUUUAAAUACGGAGAAACCUGUUUCCCCAAGGGCAGGUUUGAAAGAAAGAGAAAUCCCUCCCGAAAGAAACAACAUAUAUGCGAUGAAUGUGGAAAACACUUCAGUCAGGGCUCAGCCCUUAUUCUUCAUCAAAGAAUCCACAGUGGGGAGAAACCCUAUGGAUGUGUUGAGUGUGGGAAAGCAUUCAGCAGGAGUUCCAUCCUUGUGCAACACCAGAGAGUCCAUACUGGAGAAAAACCUUACAAAUGUCUCGAAUGUGGAAAAGCCUUUAGCCAGAAUUCUGGGCUUAUUAAUCAUCAGAGAAUCCAUACUGGGGAGAAACCUUAUGAAUGUGUUCAGUGUGGGAAAUCCUAUAGUCAAAGCUCAAAUCUUUUUAGACAUCAGCGAAGACACAAUGCAGAGAAACUUCUCAAUGUUGUGAAAGUUUAAGAAAUGAAAAAAAAAAAUCAGCACUCAGGUCUUUUUCUUCUGAAAUGAAGACAAAAUUAAAAACAUGAAAUGAUACAUAAUAGUUUUCCUAUAGACUUAGAAAAUCCACUGGGAAAUGUAGAAAAUUUCCACCCACUAUUAUUAUCUUAUCUUGAAAGAAAUGGUGUCGUACCUGCCUAGAAACUGAAAUUUUAAACUUAAUUCAGGUGUUAAUGCCUAAAUCUUCCAUGUGAUGUUUAUAUUCUUAUUAUUUUUCCAAAUGAUGAACUACCUGAUUCUUUGUCCCUUUGUUAAAACUUUCCUUCUUAGACAGAUAUGUUAUUUGUGUUGAUCAUUGAAAUGUUCUUACAAGGAUACAUUCCUUUCUACAUUGAAAAGCAAUGUAGGAAUUGUAAAAUCUGAAAACUGAAACCAUUUUUUCCAAAUUUACCAGUUUUCUUUUACCUAAUUUGAAUAUGCAUUUCAGAAAAUAGAAGAUAAAGGAUGACCAAAAACCUCAAAGUGAAAUGAGCCUUAAAACUCAGAUAAGAAGUGAUGAUGAUGAAACAUCAAAAAGUGAAUGGGACACCUAGAUUGGGGAAGAUUGACAAAUACUUUGAUCCAAGAAUUGAAGUAUAUCAAGAAUUUAUCUAGGUGUAGUUAGUUUCCUGCCUGCAGGAAAACUCAGAAAUAGCUCAUCUUACCUGUAAUUGGGAAGCAUCCCACUAAUGAAAAUAAUGUCCUCUCAUGUAUUAUUAGAAAGUGGACAGUCUAAACAGUAAACAGUUGUAAAACUAUGAAGGUAGAAAUUAUAACACUAGGGAAAGAUUUGUAGUGAAUGGCAGUGUUGAAGGGCAAAUGUUAACAAGAGUGAUGGUCUGUCUUGGCUUUUAGAGAACAAAAGACUUGAAGAUCUAAGUCAUUAUUAUUUUUCCUUCAUUUUUGUUAAGGACAGAAAAAUCCCUGACAGGUGGGCAACAAGUAUCAGGUUUGCGAUUUUAUGCCUUUGGUACAAAAGGAUUGAACACCAGGCUAACAAAGCGGCCAUGCAUUUAUUAAAUUUUCUACCGACAAGGCACUGUGCUAGGUACUGUAACCCUGCCAUAAUUAGGUAGGUAUUUCUUCCACUGUAAAUCAUUGGGGGUUGGUACAAAGCUGUUUCAUGUGAGUUAGCCUCUUCCCCCACCUCUGAGAUUCUUAGAGCCAUAGUUGUCUUACCAGGGCGUUGUAUUUGGGUAAAGGAAGACUCAGCUCAAAGAGCUAGCCAGCUCUUCAGCAGUCUUCAGAGGUGAGUCCGAGAGAACUAUCACAGUUUGGAGGUUUGUGGGUCUUUUAUAAAAAACAAAAACAAAAACUAAUCAAUCUCUAGUAGCAUUGAGGUUAUACUUACAUGUUAAGUUGAAUGGGUUCUAUUUUUAAAAAAACAACUAGGUUAUAACAACUAGUUUAUUAACUGUCAGAGUUGGUGGAACUUUUUUUUUCAUUUUAAGUCUUAACACAUUUUUUUAAUGUAUAAAAAUAAUACACAUUGUAGUAGUAGGAUCAUAUACUCCUUGUCUGAGAAUCCCAAGUACUGUGGUUCUGUUUAGUGGAAAACUCUGAAAGUUAAAAUAUAGAUAUGAGAAAAGGCUUUUUUAUAGUGGGCAUAAUUGUGUGGAAAAUGACCCAUGUGAAUAAAAAUAUUCCAUAGUUCCAGAGGUUUUGGUUACAUCUGGUACUAGGAUCAAAUUAAAAAAUGGAAGGUGAGAUUUGCAUGAGCCUGUUAAAAAGCAUACUAAUGCGAGGUCAGCUGGUGGAGAAGUGAGGCAGAAUGGAGCUUGUUUAUAGAUUUUCUGAUAACAAUUAUAAGAAAUGUGCUUUAUAGAUUAAGAUUUAUUGAAGUAUAAA